AUGGCUAGCAGAAAACGUGGUGGAGCUGAAGUUUUAAUGGCUCAAUGGAGAAAGCUCAAACUAUCUGAGGAGGAAGAAGAAGUAGUGGAGAUAAUGCAAACUGGAAAAAAAGAGAUAGAUCGCAAGGGAGAAAAGAGUCUGAUAGGAAGGGUCUGUUCAGACCGUCCAGUUAGCAAAACAUUGAUCAGCAAUACCAUGGCAAAAAUAUGGCGUAUUAGCAGAAGGGCAGUCUUUCAAGAAGUGGAACGUAACACAUUCGUAAUCUCUUUUGAAACUCAUGCAGACAUGUAUAAAGUUCUUGAAGGGAAACCGUGGUCUUUCGAUUCAUCUUUGUUUGUACUGAUCCCAUACGAGGGGAAGUUAUGCCUCAGGGAGAUGGUUUUCGACAAAGAAACCUUUUGGUUACAAAUCCAUAACAUGCCUCUAGGGUGCAUGUCUAUGGAAUGGGGAAACCAAAUCGGAAGUUCAGUGGGAAGGGUAUUAGAAGUUGACGUAGAAGAAGAUGGUACUGGAUGGGGAAGGUAUCUAAGGGUAAAACUACAGCUAGCACUGAUGAAGGCUAUCCCGAGGGGUCGCUUCAUCAAUGUAGAGCAAACAAAGCACUGGGUAUACUUCCGUUAUGAAAAUCUACCCCGAAUCUGCCUCAAGUGUGGAUGGUUUGUUCAUGGAGAGAUGGGCUGCAUGGCUACGCAUGCAGAUCAAGCAGUGGAGGGAGGGUCGGAACCUCAGUUUGGAUCCUGGCUAAGGGCAGAGAGCUUCUCAAAGCGCAACUUAUUUUCUUACCGAAACAACAAAGGAAGAGAGGAUUUGUACACGAGAGAUACUAGUGGGCAGGCAGAGGUGGAGGGUGGUGUAGGAAAUGAGGAAGGAGAUCGGCAAGCCAAUGGAAGUAACAUGCACUCUUCAUCAACCUUCUCCAACACACAGGGACCAGUGACGGUCGAAGCUAGAAGAAGAACAGUGGAAAAGGAACUAGUACGAACCUCAGAAAUGUCAGGGGAAGGUAUGGCAACCUAG